AUGUCUGAUAAUGACAUUAAUCCAAAUGGAUACAGUGAAUUGAGAAAUACCUACAAAUACUGCAUAGAUUUGUCUAUUGCAUUGUAUCAGCUGAAAACGGAAAAUGAAGGAGAAUUAAACUUGAUUUACAAAAUGAUCAAAACAGAAUUGAUUGGUUUACAGAAAUAUUGCCCCAUGAAAAUCAUAAAAGAUAUUUUAAAUAUCAUUCCGUAUAAUAAUCGUUAUGCAAAGUCAUAUUUAGCUCUUGCCAAACUCAUAUCUGAUGACUAUCAUGUCAAAGAGGUUAAAAAUGUUGGAACCAUUUCAAAAAUCCUGUUUUAUAAAGAAUGUGUAAUUAAAUUAGAAAAACCUGAUGAUAUCCAAAAUAUUAAACCAAAAGAUCUCGAUAUUUUUACAGAAAAUACAAUAUACAGAGCAAUUAUGAAUAAUGACCUAGAGAUGUUCAUUACAUUCACGGAAAGAGAUGAAUUUGAUAAAAAUGAAAGCCUUCAAAUCAUUACAUUCACGGAAAGAGAUGAACGAGAAUAUUCUUACAUCGAAUAUUCAUUACUUGAAUUAUGUUGUUUUUACGGAGCAGUUGAUUGUUUCAAACUCUUAAGAACGAAGUUUAACUCAGAAAUAACUAAAACAUGCCUAAAUUUUUCAUUUUUAGGAGGAAACAAAGAGAUAAUGAGUGAAUGUCUGAAAUAUCAAACACCAGAUGAAGCAUGCAUGAAAUAUGCAAUUAUUUCACACAACAUUGAUUUUGUUACAUUCUUGAUGAAUGAGUUCAAUAUAGAGAUCGAUUUAUAUUAUUGCGGAAAAUAUAACAACCUUGAAUCAUUUUUAGUUUAUUUCGAUCAAACUAAUGAUGUUAACAAAUGUUUUAUUAAUUCUGCGAGUUUUGAAAUCCCAUCACUUUGUGAAUAUUUUCUUUCACAUGGUGCAAGUAUCAAUGAGAAAGAUAAAAAUGGGCAAACCGCUCUUCAUAAAGCAGCAACUAAUACUAGUAAAGGUAUAAUUGAACUUCUUAUUUCACAUGGUGCAAAUAUCAAUGAAAAAGAUAUAUACGGCGAAACAGCUCUUCAUAAUGCAGCAAUUAAUACUAGUAAAGGUAUAAUCGAACUUCUUAUUUCACAUGGUGCAAAUAUCAAUGAAAAAGAUGUAUACGGCGAAACAGCUCUUCAUAAUGCAGCACGUAAUAAUUGUAAAGAAAAUUCCGAAUUUCUUAUUUCACAUGGUGCAAAUAUUGAUGAAAAAAAUAAUGAUGGAAAUACUCCUCUUCAUCAGGCAGUAUUUUAUAAUUCUAAAGAAACAGUCGAACUUCUUAUUUCACAUGGGGCGAACAUCGAUGAAAAAAAUGUACAUGGACAAACCGCUCUUAUCAACGCCACGUAUUAUAAUAUUCAAGAAAUUGCCCAACUUCUUAUUUUAUAUGGUGCAAAUACCAAUGAAAAAGAUAAUUAUGGAAAUACCGCUUUACAUAAUACAGCAAUUAAUAAUAGUAAAUGGAUAGCCGAGCUUCUUAUUUCACAUGGUGCAAACAUCAGCGAAAAAGAUAAACAUGGAAAUACUGCUCUUCAUUAUGCAGCAUAUAAUAAUAGGAAAGAAAUUGCCGAAUUUCUUAUUUCACAUGGUGCAAAGAUCAAUGAAAAAAAUGAACAUGGAAAAACUGCUCUUCAUAUUGCAGUAAAGUUUAAUAAUAAAGAAAUUGUAGAACUUCUUAAUCAAUAG